AUGGUGUUUUCCCUGCCAGAGGCUGGCAGACAGGGCUUUGAACCUGGCACUUACCGGACAGUCAGUGGCACCAGUGGCCUCAUUGAGCCAAAGAAGCUGCCAAACCCAGUCAAGGAGUCCAAGAACCAUCGGGACCUCCAUCGGGAGCUGUUGUUCAGCCACAAGAGAGGGCUGUUGCCAGAACACAAACCUGAGCUCCAGAAGGCUUUGGAAACCAGGAGAUUAAAACAGCUGAAGCAGAAGGAAGAGUCUCAGAGGCCCCUGACAGAUCUGGAGAAAGAGCUGAGGAAACGGCACCAGAAGCUUGAGGAGUAUGAGCAAGAGCUGGCCCUGAAGCAGGACCAGGAGAGCAGACCUGAGUUCAUCCUUGUCAAGGAGAGCCUGAAGAAGAUCAAGCUGUCUGCAGAAACAGGCAUGAGGCAGACGUAAGGGACAGGCGGCAAAGCCAGCUCCAGGGAGGCUCCUUUGCAGAAUGCCAGGCAGAAGCAUUCUGUGCAAGGCAAGUGCAUUUUCAGUGAGUGCCCUUCACAGACCCUGUUGGCUUGCGUCUGCCCUGGUGGCUAGGGAAGCACCGCUCACGUCAGGCAGGACCACGGUGGGAGAAUGAGGUGCUCAGCAAGAGCCAUCACUUCCUGGAGGCUUCCAGUGAAAGACUCUCCAGCCAGGAUUCUAGCCCAGACUCUAUGGGAUGGGAGAUGGCAAAUCUGCCCAGGCUGCUGUGGGCUGGAUGGACAUGUAUUAUAAACAGUUACUGUGCAACCAGGUAAUUUUAAGAAGCCUUAUAUUUGGCAAGGGAUCCUGAUAUUUGCCCUCUCUUGCUUCUUCCCCCUCAGCCCUCUCCCACACACACAUGCACAUUUACUCUCUGUUAUAGGUAUAUGUGUACUUAUCUUAGUCUUCUCCCUUCCUUCUGUUUUGCUAACAGCUACAAUGGCUCU